CUGCCUCUGGAGAAGACCGGGUUGCCGGGCGGACCGCGGGAACGCGCUCCGGGGGGUGGGGACGCGCGAGCUCACCACUGCUCAAUGACAAAUCGACUGGGGACAGCUGGGGUCCGGCCCCAGGACGGGGCGGGGCGCCCGUGAGAGCGGCGAUUCUGGUUGUGCGCAUAGCCAGAGCGGCGGUGGGACGGCUCCCCCAGGUACCCUUGGAAGCCAGGAGAGGGCGUGGCCGGAAUCCCCUGGAGCUGCCCACCCCGGACCCAAGCUGACCUGUGGAAGAGGAGCACAUGCUCCUGACUGCUGAGCCCUCCCCAGCCCCCACCAGGGUCCUGUUAUUUCCAAGGCUGGCCUGGAGCCCCCGAUCUCUUUGCCACCUUCUCCUCAUCUGGGCCAUCUGUCCGUGUGUCUCCGCCUCAGACCAGCAGGAUGGCUGCCAACAAGGGCAAGAACCAGGGCUCCCUGGUACUUCACAAGGUCAUCAUGGUCGGCAGCGGAGGGGUCGGCAAGUCAGCCCUGACACUUCAGUUCAUGUAUGACGAGUUUGUAGAAGACUAUGAACCCACCAAAGCUGACAGUUACAGAAAGAAGGUGGUUCUCGACGGAGAAGAGGUUCAGAUAGACAUCCUGGACACAGCCGGCCAGGAGGACUAUGCGGCCAUCCGUGACAACUACUUCCGGAGCGGAGAAGGCUUUCUGCUGGUGUUCUCCAUCACAGAACACGAGUCGUUCACGGCCACGGCCGAGUUCAGGGAGCAGAUCCUCCGAGUCAAGGCCGAGGAGGAUAAGAUCCCACUGCUGGUCGUGGGCAACAAGUCCGACCUGGAGGAGCGGAGGCAGGUUCCCGUGGAUGAGGCCCGAGGCAAAGCGGAAGAGUGGGGUGUGCAGUAUGUGGAGACAUCCGCGAAGACCCGCGCCAACGUGGACAAGGUGUUCUUUGAUCUGAUGAGAGAAAUCCGGGCAAAAAAGAUGUCGGAAAACAAGGACAAGAACGGCCGGAAAAGCAGCAAGAGCAAGAAGAGUUUCAAAGAGCGUUGCUGCUUGCUGUGAGCAGGCUGCAGGCACAGCAGAGCGGGCCACACUGCAGCGCAGUGAGCCGGGCCGGAGGUGGCCUCCCGGCUGGCCGGCCGGCCGGCUCCCCGCCCUCUCUCCAUCUGCAGCUGCAUCCACGAUCACUUCUUGAGAUGGGACAGAUAUCCGUGCAUCGGUGGCUGGCGGAAGAAAGGCGCCUUUGUCUGUGCGGUGCAUCUGUUCCCUUUGCCAGGAGCUUUGAGAGUCUGCCCCUUCCCUCCCCUCCUGAACCAUGACCGACACCAGCGCUGGGGUCAUGGUGCCGAGAUCAGGGAUUUGAGUUGUGAUGACAAGGAUGAGCAUUGCCAACUUAUUCCCUCUUGUUCUAGGACAUGGCCAUCUUUCCUUAGGAAAUUAAAAUGCUUCAUAUUAGCUGGACAUGGUGGUGCACCCUGUAGUCCCAGAACUCUACAAGGUAAGGCAGGGAGGGUAGCCUGAACCCAAGGCCAGCCUGGGCUACCUAGCAAGAUCCUGUCUCUAAAAGAAACAAGAAUUAACAUCUUAUUUUCUUAGGUUUUAAAAGAGAGUCUCUGACAAGAUCCCUCCUCAGUUCUUAUUAGUUUAGAAGUAGAUAGAAGAAAAAAAAAUCUAAGCUCAGGUAAUACUGAAAAAGCCAAAACGAUUUGUUUCUUUUCUUUUUUUAAAAGAUAAACUUGUGUAGCUUGGAAGCAGAAUUAGAAAGAUGAACUUCACUUGGGCCAGACAGGCUGAACCAAGCUUCCUGGUGUUUGUAGAGAAAGUGGGACGCUGCUCUCUCCAUAUUGAAAUGGCAGCCAGGUGCUGGCUGUGGGCCUUCCCUCCUCAGCAUCCUUACUUAGUGAGGAAACUGUGUGUGGGGGAGAUGCAGGCCUACGCCCCAUCUCGAGCUUGCUUUUUCUGACUGGGUCAUUUCACGUCUUCUUGUCCCCCCCCCCCCCCACACACACACCAGCCAUAGGCCUGUUGUUUUUCUUCCUUCUGAAAAAUGUGACCAGUUUGAAAUAUGAUGCAGAACGUGGGGCCAGCACCAGCUACCUCUCCGGACUCCCGGUGACUCUCACUUUACAAGCAGAUGAAGAAGAGAGGGCUCAGAAGGGCGGGCCAUCUCCGUAGCUCCUGGCAGCUGGAAGAUGGGCACGGAGAUGGGGCAAGUUCCAGAGGUCCACACCCACUCUCUGUCAAGCUCCGUCACAGAGAGGGGGAUUCUGGGGCAGGGGGCUGCCACUAAGCACACACACUCCUCCCAUUUUCCAGAAGUGAACAUUUCAUGUUUGGGUGCCGAAUGUGAAUGUGGGUGGGGAGGGCGGGAGCCCUUCGGAUGGGUGUUUUUUACAGAGGUCAUGGGAACUAAGGUCUGAUCCCUGGGGACUGAGCUUGUGUCACUUCCAAAGAAUCAUGGGCUUUUUCGAAUAAAAAAAAUUUACACUUUUCA